AUGAAUAACUUAAGAGAGGGAAUAAAUGAGAAAAAACUGUUAGAAAUGAGCAUAAGUAACAUUAAUCAAAUAUGCUAUACUACAAUCUAAAUUUUCAGUAUUUGAUUUAAAAAAAUUAACUCUUUUCUAUAUAUUUUACUUUUUAUAAGAGAAAACAAAGAAAACAAUAAAGGGUUCAGAAGAAAUGUAUUAAGGUAGUCAAGAUGGGUUCAAGGCAGAAUAUUUUUGGAAAAAAGUUAAUAAUAAAUACAAUCUAUUAAUGGUAUUUAAAUCCAAAAGUGGCUCUAUCUUUGGAGCAUACUCUCCUUGUAAAUGAGUGAAUACAAAUGGAUCGAAUAUAGCAGAUAAUUCAUUAUCAUCUUUUAUAUAACUCAUGAUUAAAUAUAUAAUUUGAAAGAGAAUUACAAGGGUUAUGCUAUUCAUUCUCAUAGUAGUUAUGGACAUCAUAUGGUUGUUAUAAUGAUAAUAAUAUUCAUGGUAAUUUUACUGAUGGUUAUUCUAGAUUAGGUUGUGAAUAUUAAUUUUAUACAAGUAAUAAUAAUAAUUAUAAAACUCAUCUUUAUGGAUAAGUAAAGCCAGAAUUUUAGGAAUGUGAAAUAUAUCAAAUAUAAUUUAAUUGAAUAUAUUAUAUUUUAAGUUAGAUGUUUUUAUUUCUCCUUUCUUUAAUCUCUAUAUUAUUAUGUAAAAAAUUAAGAAUUGUUCAACUAUAAUUUCUUAAAUGCAUAAUUAAAAUGA